GUGGCGACUGCAGAUAUUUUUUACCAGUUGGCCGAGGGUUCGCGUGGCGGGGGCGGCAAGUACGAUGACAUUAUUUUAUUUAUGCUGUGAUAGUGAAAUACCAAGAAAAACACCAACAACAACAACAGGAACGACACCAAGAACACACACUGCAAACCUACAAAAUCAAACGCAAUAUUUUCGUCGAGAGACCCAUAAGCCACAAAUGAAAAGUUAAUACAUUAAACGCGAAGUAGAACGGGAAAUCAACCAAAAGCUUUAACCAAAUAACAAAAAAUAAAAAGGGAAAACACCAAGCAAACCCAUUGCAUGCCAUAUUUAUAAAUAAAUAAAAUCUUAAUGUAUAGUGAAAACAGCACCAAUUAGCGCAUAACCUAUAAAGUCUUAGUCAAUAUGUUUAGCUAGUUACAAUUUACGUAGAUAACGAUUAAUUAGUGGCUUUAAACAAAACACCAAGAAAACAACAACCCAGAAGGGAAAAAACCAAUACCAAGUUCGACGGCACUGGAGCUGAAAGGCAAAACUAACGAAUAACGAUUAGAGAAGCAGGCCAACUGAUAAGGCUGGCCAAAUAUUAAGCUUAUUGCGAAUAGAGGAUAGGAAAUAAUAAUAGCAACCGCCCCCAAACCGCGCCGAAAGCCCCGAAAAGCGAGUUCAUUCAGAAAACGUGCUACACAACCGGACGGCAGCGACGUUGGCGCAGGCAGAGGCAGCGAAGGCAACGGUAAAUGUCAAAGUCAUAAAGAGAGCAAAAUAGAGAGAGUGAGAAACAUCGGAGAAAGUUGGAGAGAGAAGGCAACCAAAAGCUCAAAACAACUGUCACAACUGUCAACGAAAAGCUGCCUUCCUUGUGGCGGUAGAUUUAAAAACUCUGUAACUCUGCAAAUACUAAAACUCAACAAAUCUCCAAACCAUCGUUUAAAUCAUGAGUGAAUCUUAAAAAUUCGAAACUAACGUGAAAAAAACUAAAAGCUUAGACGUAAAGGUUAUCAUUCUCUCUUAAUAUAAAUCGGAAGCCCGCAGGAUAAAAGUUUACGCGCAGCUCUCGAUCCAAAAGUCAAAGAAAGUGUGAAGAAUUUGAGUGUAAUUAUACAAGAUUUUUGGGUUUCGAGAAGGAAUAUAAUAUAAUAUAUGUAGAUGAGAAGAAAGUAUAAGGUAAAAGCGCAACCAGUCUCUUAGCCCCUAGACAAAUGUAAAAGCCUUAAGGAUAGUCUGAAACCACACAAGCUCAGGAUAAAAGCUCGACCCAGGGCUUUUGGCCAAGACAUACGCCUUGCCAGCAGAAUGGCCACCACAGCGGCGGGAAUGGGUGGGGGAACGGGAACGGGCGCCGCGUCAGGAACGGCGCAUCCCGAUGACGCUAGCAGCAUGAGCGACGAUGUCUUCGAGGAUGCAGAGACGACCCAGGCCAGGAUCGAAGAGCUACGCCGCCGCCCCUUCGGCGAUGGCUGCUACAACCCGCCGGCAGCCCCCGCCUCCGUAUCGACAACAACGACGCAGCAGCACCACAAUCCGCAUCACCAUCACCACAGCCAACAGAGCCUGACCGGAAGCCAUCACUACCAUGACGAGUCCAUCAUGGCGCCCGUUCAGCGCUCGGCCACCGGAUAUCCGGGCUAUCGGCCGUCACGCGAAGCCCUGCAGAUGUACGCUUACGGCAACGAGGACUACGAUGACUACGACGAUGGCUGGCGAUCGUAUCGCUAUGACGAGGUAGACAUGCACCAGGCACCGCCAGCGGCUCACCAGCAACCCUUUGACGACACUGUCAACCACAAGACGAUCCUGCUGGGCGACUCUGGAGUGGGCAAGACGUCGUUUCUGGUCAAAUACAACACGGGCGAGUUCCGUCUGGGCUCCUUCUCUGCCACAGUGGGCAUUGCACUAACGAAUAAAGUGGUCGUCGUCGAUGGCACCCGCGUCAAGCUGCAAAUAUGGGAUACAGCCGGACAGGAGCGAUUCCGAAGCGUAACACACGCCUACUACCGCGACGCACACGCUCUGCUGCUGCUGUACGACGUGACCAACAAGACCACCUACGACAACAUACGCGCCUGGCUGGGCGAGAUCCGGGAGUACGCGCAGGAGGAUGUGGUCAUCGUUUUAAUAGGCAACAAGGCCGACUGCAGUGGCAGCGAGCGGCAGGUGAAGCGCGAGGAUGGCGAGCGCCUGGGACGGGAGCACAACGUGCCCUUCAUGGAGACCUCGGCCAAGACGGGACUUAAUGUGGAGCUGGCCUUCACAGCGGUGGCCAGGCAGCUGAAGAGUCGCGGCUACGAGCACGGCGAUGAUGGAAAGUUCAAUGUGCAUGAUUUUGUGCGUGACAAUACAAAGGCGCGCUCCGUUUGCGCCCAGUGUCGGAACAUGUAAUUGGCCAAUUGCCGCGUAGGAGCCACAUCCUCCCCAUUCCGAUCCCGAUUCCGACUCCGGCUCCGACUCUGACUCUGAUUCCGAACCUGUUUCCGAGCACAAAGAAGAGAACACCACACAAUAAACCGGCACACAGAUCAAAGGGAAGAGUGAGGCGCACUCAGAAGGAUACGGACAAGGACACGGGCAUGGUCACGAACACGGAGGGCAUAAAAGAGCUCCGGCAUUUAAUGAAGCACACACAAACAAAAAGAAACACUGACAAGAUGGCACCAAUUUUGUAAGACCCUAGUGAGAAGAUAGAAGAGAGUACUCGGUAUGUUUUGUAUGUAAAUGGGAACUUCGGGGCGGAACGGGACGCGAUACGUAUAAUUUUUUAGGGCAGGCCACCGCAUUGGCAUUGAUUGAUGCAUAAAAAAUAUUGAACAAUAUAUAUAUAUAUACAAAUA